AACACUAUGCACCUAAACCAAGGUCAGUCAGAGCUGAGAUCAUGUGUGCGUGGGUCUGUCGAGGCUCUGAGGCAAAGCAGUGAUGCAUGACUGCGCAGCGGCAGUCCUCUCAAUCAGGGCUGCCUGGUUAAUGUUUACAAUACUUGCAACGGCUGCAUAGCUUGCUAUCUGGCUCCUUAAGGAGGAAGGCUGCGGCUACCCGCUUGUGAUUUAUCACUGUCCCAAAGGUGGAGAGGAGUGUGUGAGUGUGUGUGAGCCCAGCCAGCUGAGGGGAGCGCCGGUGGCUCGCCUCUGGGCUCUCUCUUUGUUGACAGCCAGUUGUGACAUAUCCCAAGGAUUAGUGGCUCUGUCGACAAGAUGCCAUUGGCUUCUUAAAAUAGAUAGAGAAGGACACUCAAAGAAAACAGAACCGCAGUCGUGAACCACGGCAGGCUCAGAGUGGGACCGACCCACAUCGCAGCCAGCCCGUCAGAGUCAAGCGACCAGCCUGUUAGCCAGUCUCUACCGCAGAGAGCCUGUACAGAGUCACUGUGAUCCUAGCUGAGAUCUCCAUCAUCAGGACUCCCAGUGGUGACUGUACAGCACAGAGAGAUGGCUAUGAACAGACCGGAAGACAUGCCGAGACAAUUCCCUAAGAUCACGCUGAGCGAGGUAGAUGAGGAGACACGUCUGCUGGCUGAGAAGGUGUACGCGUCAGCGCUGAAGGAGGAGGACACUAAGGAUGCCCUGUCCAUGUUCACCGUCCCUGAGGACUGUCCCAUCGGCCUGCACCAGGCCAAGGAGAGGGAGCUGCUCAAAGAGCUGGCAGAGCAGCAUUCAGAAGAGAGUGCCAAGAGGAAGAAGAGUUUCAAGAUGAUCCGUUCGCAGUCUGCGUCCUUGCAGGGCCUGCAGAUCCCUGUGACUGCAGAGUGGGCCCGUUCUGUGGUGACCCCAUUCCUCUCACCCUCCUCCACCUGCUCCUCACUUCCAGAGAACUGCCCCGAGUACCAGAGGGUCACCAUCAGUGGAGACUACUGCGCUGGUAUCACAGUAGAGGACUAUGAACAGGCAGCAAAAACCCUGAUGAAAGCCCUGUUCAUUAGGGAGAAGUACUCCAGACUGGCCUACCAUCGCUUUCCCCGGACCGUCGCUCAGUUCCUCCGCAGCGCUGAGAACCAGACGUGGAAGGAAGAGGACGAGGUUCUACCAGAUGUCUGCCCUUGCCCCAGGGAGGGGGAGGACCCGUACAGCAUUGAGAAUAUCCCAGACAACCUGAGCUAUGAGCUGCAGACGAAAGAUGGCAUAGUGUAUGUGUAUGAGAACGCAGAGGCUCUAAGUCAGAAUAGGCCCCGCAGCCUGCCCUACCCUGACCUGGAGACCUUUGCCAUAGACCUCAGCCAUGUGCUGGCCAUGAUCAUUGAUGGACCCACGAAGACCUAUUGUCACAGACGCCUGAACUUCCUGGGCUCAAAGUUCUACCUGCAUGAAAUGCUCAAUGAGAUGGCUGAGCUAAAGGAACUGAAGGGUGUUCCACACAGAGACUUCUACAAUGUCAGAAAGGUGGACACACACAUCCAUGCAGCCGCCUGCAUGUCCCAGAAGCACCUUCUAAACUUCAUCCAGACCACCUACAAGACGGAGGCAGACCGUGUGGUGCUGGAGAAGGGUGAGCGGAAGCUGACCCUCAGAGAGGUGUUUGAACACCUCAACAUGGACCCCUAUGACCUCACUGUGGACUCCCUGGAUGUACACGCUGGCAGACAAACCUUUCACAGAUUCGAUAAGUUCAACUCCAAGUACAACCCAGUGGGGGCCAGUGAACUCCGAGAAAUCUACCUGAAAACAGACAACCUCAUAGAUGGAGAGUACUUUGCACGCAUUAUCAAGGAAGUGUCCCAUGACCUAGAGGAGAGUAAGUACCAGCAUGCUGAGCCUCGCUUGUCCAUCUACGGACGCUCUGCAGACGAAUGGGACAGCCUCUCCAAGUGGUUCAUCCAGCACAAAGUGCACUCUACCAACAUGCAGUGGAUCAUCCAAGUCCCCAGGAUCUAUGAUAUUUUCAAGUCAAAGAAGUUGAUCACGAACUUUGCCAAGAUGUUGGAGAACAUAUUCCUUCCUCUGUUUGAGGCUACAGUCAAUCCACAGAAGCAUAAAGAGCUACAUGUAUUUCUCAAAUAUGUGACAGGCUUUGACAGUGUGGAUGAUGAGUCCAAGCACAGUGACCACAUGUUCUCCUACAAGAGCCCCAAGCCUGAGCAGUGGACAGCAGAUGAAAACCCUCCCUACAGCUACUACCUCUUCCACAUGUACGCCAACAUCAUGGUGCUCAACAAUCUGAGGAAAGAGCGAGGCUUAAGCACCUUCCAGUUCCGUCCACACUGUGGGGAGGCUGGAUCCAUUACCCACCUGGUCUCUGCUUUCCUCACCGCUGACAACAUCUCCCAUGGCCUCAACCUCAAGAAGAGCCCCGUCCUACAGUACCUGUACUACCUGGCCCAGGUGCCCAUUGCCAUGUCUCCUCUGAGCAAUAACAGCUUGUUCCUGGAAUAUUCCAAAAACCCUCUCAGGGAGUUCCUACACAAGGGGCUGUGCGUGUCUCUAUCAACAGAUGAUCCUAUGCAGUUCCACUAUACCAAGGAGGCACUGAUGGAGGAGUAUGCCAUUGCGGCCCAGCUGUGGAAGCUCAGCACCUGUGAUGUCUGUGAGAUUGCCAGGAACAGUGUGCUGCAGAGUGGCCUGUCUCACCAGGAGAAGAAGCACUUUAUUGGGGCCAAUUACUUGAAGGAUGGACCUGAGGGGAACGACAUUCGGCGGACCAAUGUGGCUCAGAUCCGCAUGGCCUACCGCCACGAGACCCUGUGCAAUGAGCUCAGCUUCCUAGUGGAUGCAGUGAAAACUGAAGCGGCCAUUAGCACACAACCCGAGUGACCACAAUAACAUGGGAUUUAGCUCAAUCUGUGCAUGUAAGCUCUCAACCCUCACAACGAUAUCUCUUGCAUUCACGGGAGAAAAAACCCAAUGGUUUGAAUGUGUGUCUCUUGUUUCUCUGGCUGCAUGUGUGCUAGUAGUGCUCAAGUGGCAAAGUGGUCCCUGAAAAUUGUGUACUAUGUGCAGAUAUAUGCCUAAGUGGCUGGCCCACAUGGAGGAAUAUGUAGGCCAAGCACAGUUUCCAGAAAAGCAGUUGCUUUCAAACUAGGCAUUUCAUGGAUAAUUGAGGUAAGACAGUAAUUAUGCUAAUAGAUCAUGCAUGUAUGAACUACACAUUGACACAUCCAAAGCAGGAGGCUUAAUAAAUACUUAUUAGUCGCCAAAGUUCCGGAAGCAUGUCUUUAACAGUAUAAAAAUAGUUUGUAGAGGUAGCAGUAGGAGCCAACUACAUCUUAGUGUCUAAAUUAUGUAUGUUCACAGUACAAGGGUUUCCUUCUACAGUGCAGCAACAUCAUCUGCACUAAGGCUGGCUCCCUCUGCAGAGCACUUACUCACAGUUCAGUAAUGGUACAAAGUAUUUGGGAGAGAAAAAACACUUCUAUUUUGAUGUCCGACACUCACUGUAUCAUGCCUUAGUGAUGGGCGGUCCCAGCUGUUGGCGGAACCUGACAGUGUUUAUCUCUGGAGCUGGAACACUGCUUUAGCUGUGAUGAAUGGUACAUUUCCACUGUCCCUUUCCAUGUGAGCUCGUUUUUUACAGGAUGUCAUGCAGUAGGUUGCAAGGAGGACACUGAAGUCAGUUGUGGACACUGUAGGCACAAAACAUCGUACUUGUAUGCACUGUACGAUAUUUGCUUGAAAUAUUUGUGUGAAUGUUUUAUUUCAAUUUGAAUGAAAACGGGCGUUUCUAUUGGUCAGAGUAUGCAAUAUUUAAUUUGAAUGUACUGUAUGUAUAACUUUGGAAAGCAACUAUGAGCCAAUUGAAUGUUGAGAGUUUGGACAAGAGAGACAAAUUUGAAGGCAUAUCUUCUCUAGUUGCACUGAGAUACAAGUGUCCAAAGAUGGACAAAGAUGUUAUACUGCUCUCUCACCUCUUGCUCGUUAAUGGCUGACAGAAUGCUGUGAAAUAGCCUGUUCUUAAUUAUGUUACUUUUGUUAUCAAUAAAGAUAUUUAAACAUGGA